AUGACAGUACAACCACAACGUUUUGGAUUAGAAUCACAGGUUAAGAGAAACCCCCACCCAGAUUUCAACAAGGUUGAGAACGAAAGACUUCCAUUUGAGAAAGAUACAAAGUGGAAGUUCACAAGAAUCCCUGAUAAGGACUGGGCUCCAGGAUCAGGUGCUAAUGAUGAUAGCUGGAAAAGCCACAAAAAGAUUCAAAUAGACCCAUUCGCAGACGAAAGAAAUCCGGUAGAUAACUACAAAACGCUUAUUUCCGCUAUUGUACCAAGACCUAUUGGGUUUGUGUCUACUAUUGGAGCCGAUGGAACCCGUAACUUAGCACCAUUUUCCUACUUCACAGUUGUUAACCACGAUCCUCCAAUCUUCACUAUUGGUUUCUCGGGAGGUCGCGGAAAUGCUAAGGAUACUUGCCGUAAUGUUUUAGAAACCAAGGAGUUGACUAUUAACAUCAUUUCAGAAUGGUUUGUGGAAGCUGCUAAUUUCUGUUCUACAAAUGCCCCAUUGAAAGUGGAUGAAUGGAAAUUAUCAGGUUUGACCCCAUUAGAAUCCACAAAGGUUAAGCCGCAACAUGUCGCAGAAUCAGCGUUCUCCGUUGAAGCUAAAUUGUUGCACUCGCAUGAAUGGACAUCCAAGAGAGAUGAAAACAAGGUCACAGGUACGUUAUGUAUUGUCGAAGGUGUCAACUUCCAUGUUAGAGACGACGUGAUCAAUGACGAUUUAAAUAUUCUUGACAUCGAAAAGUUGAAGCCGGUUUCAAGAUUAGGUGGUAUCACCUACGGCAGAACAGUUUCUGGUUAUGAAAAGUUGAGACCAGACUUCGAUAAGGAGGCAGAAAAGGAUGAUGUUAAGAAUAUUCUUAACGGGAACUAG